AUGCACCCCAACAUGCCACUUAAGAACCGCAUCCUGGUCUCGAUCGCGCUGGGCCUCAGUAUCCUGGCCUUCAUCAUCACCAUCUACAAACUCACAAUCUUUAGGGAACUUUUUAUAGUACUGGCUAGGAACCCGACUUUCCCCGGUCCCGCUUCUCGAAAUGCUCAGUCUAGGAGAGGGUUGUAUUCUCGUGGUAUGCUCUUCUUUGCCCACACUGGGCCCACUCUUCAGCUUGGCCAGAGGCAAAGUUCGGACUCUCAAUGGCAGUGGCAAUGGCAGUAA